CAAGGGCGCAUGCGCAGAAAAUCAACAUGGUCGCCGCACACUGACUCGUGACUUGGUUAUUGAGAUUUCGAGACACAAAGCAGGAUGUGGAGGGUAUUCCAAUAUCCCGGACAGGAGCGGUACACCAGCGUUGCAGUGUCAGUUCAAAACCAAAUGAGGUGUCAAAGCCCCAGAAAUGACGCUUUCAAGUACAUGACAGACACAAAGCAGGAUGUGGAGGCUGUGCCAAUAUCCCCGACCAGUGCGGUACACCAGGGUUGCAGUGUCGGUUCAAAACAUGAUGAGGUGUCAAAGCCCCAGAUAAAUGACGCUUUCAAGCACAUCACUGAUGGCGUGCAGGAAGAUGUGGAGGCUGUGCCAAUAUACCCGACCAGUGCGGUACACCAGGGUUGCAGUGUCGGUUCAAAACCAAAUGAGGUGUCAAAGCCCCAGAUAAAUGACGCUUUCAAGCACAUGACUGACACAAAGCAGGAUGUGGAGGCUGUGCCAAUAUCCCCGACCAGUGCGGUACACCAGGGUUGCAGUGUCGGUUCAAAACAAGAUGAGGUGUCAAAGCCCCAGAUAAAUGACGCUUUCAAGCACAUCACUGACACAAAGCAGGAUGUGGAGGCUGUGCCAAUAUCCCCGACCGCAGCUGUACAUCAGGGUUGCAGUGUCGGUUCAAAACAAGAUGAGGUGUCAAAGCCCCAUAUAAAUGACGCUUUCAAGCACAUCACUGAUAACAAGAGGAACAAGCAGAAGAUGCUGCCUCUGUCUGAAGACAUUUCAAAGCUUCAGACACACCUUCAGAGAACUUCUGAAUCAUUGACGGAAGCUUUGGAAGAGAGAUUUUUUAAACAUAACUGGGAGCUUCUCAGCAAAGUAACACUGGCAAAACUUGUUCUAUUCAACAGACGGCGUGGCGGAGAAACAGAGAGAAUUGAAGUAGUGCAUUAUGAAAACAGAAGAAAUAAAUCAGAGCAGGCACCUAAAGAAGUAGAAGAUUCUUUAAGUGAAACAGAGAAAGUCCUUUUGAGAACACUGUCCAGAGUUGAAAUUCGUGGGAAAAGGGAUCGUACUGUCGCAGUCCUUCUUACUCCGAACAUACAAAAAAACAUUGAUCUUCUGCUGAGAUACAGAGCAGACGCAGGUGUAGAUAAAGAAAAUGCAUACGUUUUUGCAAGAUCCAAUUCUAGGUCGCAGUUUCCCCUUAGAAGUGCAGACGUCUUAAGAAAAUUUGCAAAAGAAGCAAGUCUGGAAUGCCCAGAAAGUGUCACUAGUACACAAUUGAGGAAGCAUGUUGCCACAGUGGUCCAGAUUUUGAAUCUCAGCAAAAACGAUUUGGAAGUAUUGGCAAGGUUUAUGGGGCAUGACAUCAAUAUUCAUAGAUCAUUCUAUCGCCUCCCACAAGAAAUAAUCGAAGUGGCUAGGAUGGGAUGUCUUCUGACAGCCUUUAACAAGGGAACUAUUGGACAGUUCAGCGGGAAGUCCAUUGAUGACAUAGAUCUUGAAUUAGACAAUGGUGUAAACAGUGAGAGUGAGGAUAGCAAUGAUGAAGAGGAAAUUCAUGAAGCAGAUGACUUGACUGAAAAUGCCAUAGAGGAAGAUAUGGAGACUGUGCCAGUAUCCACACUGGGUGCUGUACAGGGCUGUAGUGUCAGAUCUAAUCCGGAUAAGGUGACAGAGCCCAAGAAAAGUGGCAAUAACCGGCCCAAGACUGGAGAAGUAGUGAAGCUUACAGAACAUCAGCACAGGCUACUUAAAACUUUGUUCAAAACAAAUAUAGCAAUGAGAAGGGAACUACAGAAAGAUGAGUGUGAAAAGGUUUCUAGGAAACAUGACGCUCUUCAGAACCUCACCUGGAAAAAAAUUAAGAACACUGUCCAUAAUUGGAUAAUGGCUGAGAAACGGAAAACAAAAAGAUAUUAACAUUCAGAAUGUAAGGCUAAUUUACUGAAAUGGAUCGUCAUUAUGUGACUGAAUUACUGUAAAGGAUAAGCACUAUUAGACUAAUUGUUAAUCAUUAUGUGAUUGAAUUGUUGUAAAGAAUGAGAACUGUAAGGCUAAUUAUCCCCCGCCAUAGGCGGAGGGAUAUUGUUUUGGCGUUGUCCGUCCGUCUGUCCGUCCGGCACUGUUGUGUCCGGAGCCAUACUUUGGAAGUGCUUUGGCGGAUUUCAUUGAAACUUGGUAUGAGUGUAUAUAUGGAUAAGAGGAUGAUGCACGCCAAAUGGCAUUGUACACCAUCUGUUAAUAACGGAGUUAUGGCCCUUUGUAUCUUGAAAAAAUGCUUUUUAAUAUAAGCUUAGAGAUUUAUUUCCAUUAACACAUGAGCCAGAGCCACGAAACUUGCCAUGGCUGUUCUCAAUCAUCUGGGGGUGCUUCACAUUCAACACCCAUAAUCCUAGGGGCUAAAGUCAAGGUCACACAUUGAGGUCAAAGGUCACAAAUUUGAUGAAUUCUUCAUUAUUUAGUUAUUCCUUUACUAUGCAUCAAGGUAUUCACAUCAAGGGUCAAGGUUACACAAAUGCUUCAUGUAAGGUUGUACGCUAAACCCCUAAACUGACCAGCAUUUUUCCCAUAAUUAUGUAUACAUCUUUGUACUUAAAAUUACAGGUUAGAGAUUUUGUGCUCCAUCAAGGGAGAGCAUAUAGUCGCUAACUUGUCUGUCCUUCCUUCUCUCAUAAUUAUAUUCCGCCAAAGGCGGAGGGAUAUCAAAUUGGUGUUGUCCAUCCGUCCAUCUGUCAGUAUGUUCAUCCGUCUGAUUUGCACCCAUCCUUGAACAAAAUGUAUGUGGCGGGGGAUAUCAUUUCAACAAAUUUGCUUGUUGAUCAUCAUUUUAAGAUUGAUCAUCUGUAAAGGAUAAACAUUGUAAGGCUAAUUGAUCAUCAUUAUGUGAUCGUCAUUGAUUAUAUGUACAGUGAUUGAAUUACUGCAGAGUGUGAGCAAUGUUAAGCUAAUUGAUCAUCAAUGAGUACUGUGAGGCUACUUUUAAUCCUCAUUAUGUGACUGAAUUACUGCAGAGGACAGGCACUUUUAUGCUAAUUGAUCGUCAUUGAUUAUAUGUACAGUGAUUGAAUUACUGCAGAGUAUGACCACUAUUGGGCUAAUUGGCCAUCAUUAUAUAAUUGUCGUGUAAUUGGAUUGCUGUAGAGAAUGAGCACUGUUAAGGUGAUUGACCAUCAAUAUAUGGCAAAAAUACUAUAGAGAAACAACACUGUCUGGAUAAUUAAUCAUCAUUUAAUGAAAGAAAUACUGUAAAUACUUAUAAAACAGUUCAGUAUGAGCUUAUUUCAUGUAGUAGUAAUUCCUUUUUAGGUGUUCUUUUGUUAUUUCAAACAAGGUUUAACAAUGUUCUAGUUAUUAUUUGAGUAACUUGUUUUUAUUGUUUAAGCAAUUCUGAAAUAGUUUAUUAUAUUUUUAUGUCCCCCACUAUAGUAGUGGGGACAUAUUGUUUUUGCCCUGUCUGUUGGUCUGUUGGUCCGUUUGUCUGUUGGUCUGUCUGUUUGCGCCAACUUUAACAUUUUGCAAUAACUUUUGCUAUAUUUAAGAUAGCAACUUCAUAUUUGGCAUGCAUGUGUAUCUCAUGAAGCUGCACAUUUUGAUUGGUGAAAGGUCAAGGUCAUCCUUCAAGGUCAGAGGUCAAAUAUAUGUGGCCAAAAUCGCUCAUUUUAUGAAUACUUUUGCAAUAUUGAAGAUAGCAACUUGAUAUUUGGCAUGCAUGUGUAUCUCAUGGAGCUGCACAUUUUGAGUGGUAAAAGGUCAAGGUCAUCCUUCAAGGUCAGAGGUCAGAUAUAUGUGGCCCAAAACGCUUAUUUUAUAAAUACUUUUGCAAUAUUGAAGAUUGCAACUUGAUAUUUGGCAUGCAUGUGCAUCUCAUGGAGCUGCACAUUUUGAGUGGUGAAAGGUCAAGGUCAUCCUUCAAGGUCAGAGGUCAAAUAUAUGUGGCCCAAAUCGCUUAUUUUAUGAAUACUUUUGCAAUAUUGAAGAUAGCAACUUGAUAUUUGGCAUGCAUGUGUAUCUCAUGGAGCUGCACAUUUUGAGUGGUGAAAGGUCAAGGUCAUCCUUCACAAGGUCAAGGUCAUCCUACAAGGUCAAACAUCAUAUAGGGGGACAUUGUGUUUCACAAACACAUCUUGUUAUUUCAAAAGAUAAAUCUAGACAGAUCAUGUUUAUUAUAUAUGUUUAUUAGCUCACCUGAUAUUAUAUAUCAUACAAUUAACACUUUAGAAUUUUUGCUCAUGCCUUUUUGCCUUCGGUAUUUUAUAUUUCUGAGCAAUUCUGAUACUAAAACUUUGUUGGUUUCCUAAAAUGUGCUCAUUAGGGUGUUUAUAUCCCUUUGGCAAACAUUUGAGCUUGAAAAUGUUCGAAUUUAAAUAACUUCUUUAUUACCGAUAGGAAUUGAUCUCUCGUAAGGGAUUUAUUGAAUGACUGCACUGAUAUAAAUAUUGCCAUAACCAUUAUCGAAUAAUCUUGGAUAUAACACUGAGAAACUUGUGGCUGCAUGUUUACUUGAAUGAAUGCUGUGGUGUCUUUAGGUCUUUUAUGUAGUACCACAUGUUGUUUGAUGGAUUCAAUGCCAGAGUUCAAAACAGAUUUUCUACUUAUAUUUUCUCAGUUUAUUAUUGACCUCCUGUAAGGGACCUUUCUCCAUGACUGCGCUCAUAUAAAUACUGCCAAGCUCCAGCAGGAGGGGUGUUUUUGACUCCUGGUGUUGCGUUACUUUGUAAAAAUUUUGGCCCAAUCUUAAUGAAACUUGGUCAUAAUGUUACUAUUGAUGAGUUCCACAUUGGGUUGUUUUGAGAAAAAAUUAGGUCACUGGGUCAAUUUAUAGAAAGACCUUGUUAACACUCGAAAAGUUCUCAAUUUGGUCCCAAUCUUGCUGAAACUUGGUCAUAAUGUUACCCUCUAAAAUCUUAGACAAGGUUGUUAUUGGAUUGUCCAGACUCAAAAACUAGGUGUUACUUGCUUGAAGACAAGAAUUUGGGGAGUAAUGGUCCCUUUACACUUAGAAAUACAUGUAUCAUGAUUUUCGAUAAAAAAAUUCAUUUCAGUCCAGGUUUUCUUGUUAACCAUGCACACUAUUGGGAAUAGUUGUUUACCAUCAUGGCCUUCACCUUUUACUGACAAGCUCUCUUUCUACUGACAAGCACUUCGAAUAGUUGAGGGCGAUGAGACAGUUCUUAUUGCAUAAUUAUUAAUAUGCAAGUAAGCUAUAGAAAAACAGCUAUAGUUUAUUUAGUUCCUCAUGUUUAAAUACUUCCUUACAAAUAGUUUAUUAAUUUUUGUUCCUCGUGUUAAAAUACUUCCUUAUAAUAAAAGUUACGAAUUCUUGA